AUGACAGAAAUCCUCUGCUUGCCACAUAUCAACCUGUACAUUCCUGUUGUCACAUACAAAUUCCCUGUCAGUCAGUCUCUCUCUCUCUUUCUCUCUGACAAGCUCGAACACCGGAACACCACAAUUGCUUUAUGGGUGUUGCUGAGGCUGUCGUCGAGUCGGGAGAAGGAUACCUUCUCGAGGGUAGAGUUAAGUGAACUGCAAUGGCCUCGUGACCGGGUCGUCAGGUGUCUCUUGGACAGUCGACGGGCUGUUGACACAAACAGACAACUCACCUCACUGCGCACCUGCCGACUCGGUUGCCAGGACCCAGCUGUCAGGUUGUGGAUGGCUCCAGCCGCCGCCUCCAGAGUGCUCGGGUUCGUGCUUCGCCGGAGUAUGGUGAUUAAGCUGGUGAUUGUAGUUGGAUGCCAGAGCAAGGCCACCGUGCGGGUACUCCCCUCGGCCAGAUCAGGCACCGGUACCAGCUCGACACCGUCUGGCGGGCGUUCAUCAAGCCAUGCCCAAAAAGGAAAAGUAUUGCACAGUCUCUGGGGCGGAAGGAAGUGCCAACAGGAUCUUCCUCACGGCCCGGCGCGAAGUGACUGUGUCACCGCGAGAAACGGGCCAAAAGUCGGCCCACAACUCGAGCUUUUACUGGCGCUCGUGGACUCUUCUUCAUACAUGCAGCCAACAACACGACUGCCAGUUUCCUUUACGUAUCGUCAGGAAAUACGGGCUCUUACUAUUCCAAUUCUUGAGUCUACGGCCAGUCGCUAA